AUGAACGAGUCUGAAGAAAGUAAAUCCUUUAAGGUCCAGUUAAUGGAAUACUGGUCAUCCAAAAAUAUGUCAAAUAUUAAAAUUCCUCAAAUUGGAGGACGGGAAUUGGACUUCUUUAAAUUAUAUAAGGCUGUUAUUAAGAGAGGAGGUGCACAAGCUGUUUCUAACAACAAAAUGUGGAAGGAAAUAGUCAACGAGUUCGGCUUCCCCUCCACUUGUACAUCAGCCUCAUUUACUUUGAGAAACCACUAUACUCGUUUCUUGCUAGGUUAUGAAUAAAAGUACUUUUUCCAUAAAGGAGAUGAAGAAGCCAUGCCUGUUUUACAAGCUGGACGCAAACGUAAGAGAAAAGAUAAUCAAGAUAGCAAGCAAGGUGAUUCUUCUGAGACAGGAUCUGAUUCAGAAGAAGCAAAAGACUAAAUUGAGAAAAAAGUAAAGCCAAACUAGCCUAAUAAUUUAUCGAUUGUUUAGCAACCAAACAAAGAAGAUGUCAAAAUAUUAAAUCAGUAAUUUAUAAGACCAAACUAAUUGAAGUCAAAUCCUUAUCCAGUAAUGAGAAUGGAACCUCCUAAACAAGAAUAAAAUAAGAGCACCUUAUAUAAGUAAUUAAGUGAAGCAUAUUAGUUGAAUCAAAUAAAUACAAGACAAGAACUAUUCUUCACCAGAAAGAACAAAAUGUUCCCUAUGGUUUAAGACAUAAAGAGAAUUUCACUUGCCUUCGAAAGUAGAAUAUAAGAUGAAAUAACUUUUGCUCUAAAUUAAUUACUCCUCUACUCAGUUAAUAGUAUGCAUCAGUUUACUCUUGAAAGUUAUAAUCACUUGCUUGAAGGUAUUGUCCAAUAUCUAGAAGAGAUUAUCAAGAAUGUACCUUCCCUUAAUAAAAUUUUGCAACUUAAAGAAAUUAAACCAAGAACUUUGUAAGAAUAUGGAGGUACUUCAGACUAUAGCUAUUCUGGACCUCCUCCUACAAAAGAGGCAUUUAAAGAGCUUUGUAUCUUAGACAAUUAUAACUUCCCUAUAUGUGAUAUAGUCUUAUUUAAUUCUUAAAAGAAAAAGGAGGUUUCUCCUAUUGUUUUCUUACGCAAAAGAAAGCGCUAUAAUGUUGAAAAUCUUAAAGAAAUGGCAGGAGAAGUUUAUUUGCUUGAACAAACCCGCACAAUCUUUUUAAUUUUAAGAAAUUUUUCAUUUACUAAAUCGAAUGAAGUCUACAUGGCUAAAAACGAAAGAUUAUUAUAGAUAAUGAUUUAGCUAUUUAUCCUUAAUUCAGAUUCUUAAAUAACAAAAUACAUAUUAGAUAUCUUGGCUAAUAUUUCAAAGCAAAUAUAACUUAUGAAUAUUCCCGAUUACAAGUUAUUCUGUGAAAGGCUCUUUGAAUUGCUUAAUGCUGAUACAAGUGAUGAACUUGAGGCUUGUGUUGACAUAAUCCGUAAUUUGAUUGCCAUCUAAGAAAACGAAAGUAUUAUCGAAAACUUUUUACCAAAAUACAUUGACUAAGUAACUAGACUCAUGCUUUAAGCUUAGGGAGAUAUUAGAGAAGGCAUUUUAGAGUUUCUCUGUUUCCUCAGCGAUUUACGUAUGGCAACACGUGUUCAAUUGGCUCGUCAUCCUAAAUUAAUUAUGAGAAUGGUUGGUCUGCUCUCUUCUGGAGUCAUGAAAUAAAAUCGCUAACUUCCAAGCCAUCUUUAAUAACAACAGCACAACUAGCAAGGGGAAGGAGAAAGAAAUUCAGAAAAAAUUACUAAAUUAGCAGCCUUAACAUUAAGUAAUAUUUCUCUAGCCCCGUUAUCUCGUGCAUAUUUGAAGCCUUUUGAAAGAGAUUUAUUUGUUGUAGCCUCAACAGAUGAAACAGUAACAAAAUAUAUUUCAAAUAUUUUGAGUGAACUAAUGAACUAUGAACCUGAAAGUGAUCCUGAAAGAUAAUAUAUGUUUUAAUCAAUAAACAUGGCAAACAUAUGA